AUGUGGUGGAAAGGAUUUGUCAUAGUGCAACUAAUUGUGCUGCGAAAUAUUAUUUUCUCUCAGCCAAUUAUAGAGAGUGGGAACGAUCGUAGUUCGAAGGCGAUCAAAUACGAAGAAUGCUGCCCUUGUCCAGGUGCUAACGAUGUCCCAAGUUUACGGGAUGAGGACUUUAUACCUUCCCAAAUAAGUUCUAUUGUUCGUUCGCCCGUAGAUGAGUGCCCUUGUAGAUUCAUGGGGACCGACUCCGAGGGGUCUUCGUCAAUAUUCUAUCCAUCUUUCUUAAGAGGUGUACAACCGAUGGAGAGUGCACGGGAUUCGAAACAGGGGCUAAAACCACUACUUCAACCUGAAGUAGGUCUCGCAUCAUCCGUUUUGGAGACGUUGAAGGAAGCUACCGACGAAGAAUAUAAGGAAGCGUUAGCAAGAGAUGCCUCGAAGAUCGCACUAAAAGCAGCCGAACCUAACUUUUUAGAUGCCGAACAUGAUUCGACAAGGAAUUCGGUAACUAUUGUCAUCAACCCAAGAGACUUAGACGACGGUUAUGAUGCUAUUCCCGAAGCAUCGCAUGUUCACGAAACAAGGUGUAUUCACAGUCCAUUGGGAAGUUCGAAUUCUCCAAUUUUCGACAAGCAAAGUCCUCUCGCUAAAAAAGGACUUCAACUAAAAGAUGUAGAGAUUAUUCCUCCACGGAAAACGAACAUUGAAGACACGAAUAGAAAUAAUAAGAAAUACAUGGAUUUAAAAGUUGCUGGCACAGACACCAAAGCCGAUAUUCUUAUGAUGCCCAAAGCUAAUGAUAAACAGAGCAGCAAUGAAUGCGCUGUGAUUAAUUCUAUCAGCGUUUCAGAUGAAUAUUUUUCAGACGAUUCAAAGGAAAUUGAACCUAAAUCUAAAGAGCCUGAUAUUAGUACUACUCCUGCAGUUCAGUCCCUCAUUCAAGAUGAAACUGAAAAAACAAGUUUAGAAAACGGUCCAAUGGGUGUAAGUGAAUCUGUGUGUGUUAUAACUGAAAUACCAGAUAACGAUGAACAAGAUUUCGAGAACGAAUGUAGAAUUAAAACAGAUUUUGAAGAUAAAAGCUCUGAAAUUAACGAUACAAAGAACGACAAAGAAGAAAAGAUACUGGAUUCUGCCCCUGAAUCGAGUAAUGUUAAGCAAAAUACAUUUCAACAAGAGGAAGGAACACAAAAUGUAUAUUGGGAUACAGAAACCAAGAAUACCGAAUACGUGUUGGAGUUGGAUCCCGGCACCAAGUACCAGACGAUAGAGGGUUUCGGCACAGCGGCCACAGGCUCCGCUGGUUACAACCUAAAGAGUCUUCCGAGCGCUGCGCAAGAAAACUUGAUCAAAUCAUACUUUGGAGUUGAGGGUUUGGAGUAUAACAUGUUGCGAGUGCCGAUUGGUGCCUGCGACUUUUCAUUGAGUGAGUUCGCUUAUAACGAGUUGCCAAUCGACGACUACUACUUGACCAACUAUACACUUACCUGCGAAGACUUGGAGUAUAAGAUACCGAUUAUAAAACGAAUAAUGGAGGUGUCUCAGACCCCUGUGCAUAUCAUCGGCUCAACGUGGUCACCGCCAAACUGGAUGAAAUACUUUACGGAACACAAUCCCACUUGCGGCUACCUUAAAAACGAAUAUUAUCAGACCUAUGCUGAUUACCAUUUGAAAUUUUUAGAACAGUAUGCUGGAAAGGGGAUACCAAUUUGGGGUAUUACAACAACUAAUGAGCCCACAGUGGCCUUUAACGGUAUACCGGCGAAAAGCUGCAUUGGAUGGACAGAUAACCAGAUGAUGAUCAAAGAUCAUCCAAAAGUUCUGGACUACAUAGAUGGCUUAGCAGUCCACUAUUACGAUGACGUGAGCGUUCCGGUGCAGAAUCUAAACAACAACGUAGUCGGAUGGAUCGAUUGGAACUUCUGUUUAGACCAAAACGGCGGUCCGAACUGGACAGGGAAUAACGUCGAUUCGCCCAUAAUUGUUGAUGCGGAGAAAGGAGAAUUCUUUAAGCAGCCAAUGUUCUACGCUAUGGGGCAUUUCUCGAAAUUCAUCCCACGGGGCUCUCGAAGGAUUAGAGUGAAAGAGACCUGUUCGUCAAAAUAUAUCGAUGAAGUCGCAUUUCUGACGCCGCAUAAUACAAUAGUUCUGAUUGCUUACAACGACAACGAAAACGCCACAAGCGUCAGUGUGGUGUUAGGCGGCAGGCAAGCAGCUUUGAAACUGGAAGGCAAAUCAAUCACAACUGUCGAAUUUAACAACGAAGAAUGCAAAUGUUCCUACUUUAGUUCGCGCGGUCUCGAGUACAACAUGCUGCGAGUGCCCAUCGGUGGUACUGACUUCUCUACUCAUUAUUACGCCUAUAAUGAGGUCCCUGCCGACGACCCCGACCUCACCAACUACACACUGUCAUACGAGGACUACAAUUACAAGUUGCCGGUGAUCAAAGCCUGCAUGGAUGUGUCGACAUCGCCUGUGCACAUCGUUGGAUCGGUGUGGUCGCCACCGAGAUGGAUGAAGGACCCCCCGGAGAUUGCGGGCGUAAACCAUUUGAAGAGCAAAUACAUGCAGACUUAUGCGCUGUAUCAUUUAAAAUUCUUGCAGUCGUACUCAGAAAACGGAGUCCAGUUGUGGGCAAUUACAACUACAAACGAACCACUCAGUGGCCUGCUGCCAUUGGGAACCUCUCAACACCUCGGAUGGUCGGCUCAGAAUAUGGGCAAAUGGAUACUUGAGAAUUUGGGUCCGACGAUCCGUAACUCAUCAUUCAAGGACGUGAAAAUACUCGCCGUGGAUGACCAGCGUUUCUCCAUUCCAAUGUGGUUUAACAUUGAUUUGUGCAACGACGUUGUGGGUUGGAUCGACUGGAAUAUGUGCCUCGACACGAACGGUGGUCCAAACUGGGUCGAGAACUAUGUAGACUCGCCCAUCAUUGUAAAUGCUGAAAAGCAAGAGUUCUACAAGCAACCGAUGUUCUACGCGUUGGGACAUUUCAGUAAAUUCUUGACACGUGACUCUCGAAGAAUAGAGCUUACGAAUACUACCAUUUGUACGAUUCCCGAUGACCGCGGCGCUGACGAUGGAAAGAAUAUAGAUCAAUGCAAUACCGACGAGAACAUGGCGUCUUAUGACAGUGUCGCAUUCCAGACUCCAAACCAAACCAUCGUUGUCGUCAUCCAUAACAGAGGCAUUGAAAAAUCUGUGGUUAUUAAAUAUGGUGAUAAACAAGCAACUCUGCAACUGGAGGCGGCUUCUAUAACUACCGUUGAAUUUCCGGCAGAAGAUGUUCAG